ACUAGGUGCUUUGUUUAUCUUGUCUGUCCCUGGACAAUAUCAUCUGUCUCACCUACACCCGCCUAUUCGUAUUCGAGCUUCACGGUUCACAACGCCUUUCAAAACCUUGAUCUUUGUCACUUAUGACCAGAGCAUCUGCAUCAAGAUGGCCAGCCCAAAGCUUGUCUGUGCUAACUGGCACCCUGACCACACCGACUGUAAGAAAGUGGGCAAGUAUACAUGCAAGAACUGCUAUCUUGUCAACAUGGCAGCCGGCCUGGGCCCUCGAGCAACGAGAACCGUCUUUGUUGGAGGGGGGAUGGGAGCAUCCUUUGGGAAGAACAAAUAUCUCUGGGGUAAUGUCCCUGCUAUCGAUAUUCUGCAACUCGGACCAAAUGAAGGAAAAGAAUAUGAUCGACCCCUGCGCAUCUUAUUUGCGGCAUCGGGGGAUCUUCGCAAUCUUGUCAAAACCAUUGCCCAACUUCUGAGUAGCUACAACCAUUUUCUCGAGAUUACACUGCAUGAUCUCGACUUUGACGUUGUGGCGCGGAAUGUCAUCUUGCCUCUUCUCUCUAUGACCGCCGAGGAAGCAGACGAGGCAGUCGACAAUAUUAUUCAUCUAUGGUACUCGGCUUUCAUGCGUGAAUCAGACAUUGGCUAUCUUCAGCGUCGAGUUCAUCCUCUCGUUGAAGACGUCUUCGUCCUUAAGAAAUUAUCAUGGGACCGUCUUUUAUCUUUUAUUAAAGUGCCGGCUGGCCCGACAGUUGAACGCGCACGAGCUAUCCGCGCAGCCAACACUCUAGCUGAAUCACGGCGAGACUAUCGCGAUCGACACAUGUGUUGCCUUCCGCCCUCUCAUCGAAUUGCUUUCAACAAAUUCCGGGAAGAUGGUCUCCUCCUGCCAUUUGGACACCCGCGCCAUGAAUUUCAAGUGCCCAACCCGACGUUCUUCCAAACCCACAAUAGCUGGCCCAUGAAGGAUGACGCUGAUCCUCGGAGUGGGUGGUCACCCAAAGAGGUGUCUGACAUGUCAAGUGGGCCUGCAACUGCUGAUCUUUACGGAAAGCUCUUCUUGCACAUUCGCGGAAUGCUCCAGACUUUUCUUGGCCGACUUUCCCAUUUGAAUUGUUCUCUUACACUCUUCCAGCUCGAUGCCUCUCGACUUCCGGGGCAUCUCAUAAGCAACUCUUUCAGUCGAAUUGAGGUGUCCAAUAUCUCGGAUGCCGGUUAUCUGGGAAUACACGAGGCGCUAUUCUCCAUGCUGCCUUUGCUUCAAACUCCUCUCGAUAACCCACAUGCAACUCUAAUCACCCUCUUUAUGAACGCUGUUGAAGAGUCCUUGACCAUCCAAAACAGACUACAUGACAUGGCUACAAAUGUUACACAGGAACGUCUGUUAAGAUACCUUCCCUCUAAUAGACUUUCAAGUACCUUCCGUAGUCUGGAGACUGUCAAACUCGCCCUUGCUUACCCCAUGGUCACCUCCUAUGAUUAUGCCUUUGAUCGCUACUCGAAUACUUUUCGCUUCCGUGAGUUCGGUCAUGUGUUGGGUGCGGCGGUCAAAGAAAGACACACUAUUGUCGACAAGUGGCCAUUCAGACUGAAACUGUCAACCAGGCGCACAAGAGGAGUUUGACCGGUGCAUUGCCACCAAUAACACGGGCAAGGAGCGCUAUGUAGAGUGGCAGGGGGUUCGUGGCAUACCUUGAGGAAUACGCUUCCAAGUUUCUUGGAUGUGUCGGACUUUAGCAAAGCUUACAUUUCUGCCCGAAAAGAAUUCGCGGAAGCCUAUUGAAAGUCGUCCAGCAGCAUCAGUGAGCUUCGAUGCUGGAGGAGCGUGUUGGAGCC